CAACCAAAUCCGCACCAACCACACCAUGCCUCUCCUCGCCCGCGCGCCACCGCCUCCACCACCGCUCCGCCACCGCGGCCGCCUCCUCCCGCGCUUCACCUCCUCCUCCAGUCCCCGCCGCCGCCGCCGCCCACGCGCCGCCCGCGUCCGCGCCUCCGGCUCCGACCCGCCGCCGCAGCAGCAGCAGCAGCAGGUCAACCUCUCCGUCCUCCGCUUCACCCUCGGGAUUCCCGGGCUGGACGAGUCGUACCUCCCGCGGUGGAUAGGCCUCGGCUUCGGCGCCCUCGUGCUCCUCAACCACCUCCUCUCCCCGUCGCCCACCCCCGCGCAGCUCAGGUCGGAGGCACUCGGGCUGUGCCUGGCCGCGUUCUCGGCGACUCUGCCGUACCUCGGGAGGUUCCUAGAGGGUGCUGGUGCUGCUGAACGUGUGCCCUUGCCUGAGGGGAGCAGGCAGGUGUUUGCCAUGUCUGAUAGCCUGUCAGCAGCACAGAAGGAGGACAUGGCGUGGGCUUCGUACGUCCUGCUGCGGAACACAAACACCACAUCUGUCCUCAUAUCAAUUGGCAAUCAGUUGUGCAUACGAGGAUAUUGGGAUCCGCCUGAAGAUAUUUCCAAAUAUGCCAUGAUUGAGUGGUUCAAAAGUCAGAUGCAGGAAGCUGGAAUUGUUGAUUUGAGGGAGGAUUUGUACUUCCCUACCUUUUCUGACACUCAGCUUGGGAAGCUUCUCCCACAGGGGAUUCUUUCUGUGCUGGCACAACCAGUUCUAAACAACCCUGAUCCAACUAACAGUGAAAUAAAAGCUGAAGGUUUCAUCCUACUGGCGUCCAAUUCGAGUUACGCAUACAGCGAGAAACAUAGGGUUUGGAUUAGAACAGUUGCGAAUAAAUUUCAAUGUACAUAAUUCAGAGAUACUGAAGGUAUUCCUAUAUCUUGAAACCAUGUUUUUUUUUUCUUUUUUCAGCUAUAUGAACUUGAAAUUUUGCAAUCAUUUAUUUUGAACACCGUUGUAGCCACCUAUCCAAUAUUAGGCCUAUGCAAUAAACUAUUGACAAAAUGUAUCCUUUAGAGCCUGUAUUAGGUUCCUAGUAAAUUUGACUGACUUGUACAAAUCUAUGGAAAUUCUGAUUCUGAGCAGUAGUGUAAAAUAGUUUCACCAAACUUUGGUGUGUAAAGUAAAAUCAACAUAUACAAAUAUAUGUGAUCCAAGAAGAUAUCUUUAUGCUUCCAUAGUUCCAUAUCCUGAGAACAUCUUGUUCAGAUUUUUUUGGGUAGAUAAUGGAAGCUUUUAUUAAUCAGUCAAUUACAUUAAGGUGAUGUUGUUAAGAUCUAUACGUUGUUGGUAAGUUAAAAUCUGAACAUCCUAUCUAUGCAUAACAUGUAGUUUGUGAAAGCCUCCUGUAAUGCUUCAUUUGUUACAACUGUUGCGAUGUGUAAAUAAUGUUUGGCAUCGUUUGCAAGAGACAAAAUUGUUCGCAACUGUUGAAUGCAGCUGUCCUGUUAUAGAUGCAAGGAAGAUUGGUUAAUCAAUGUGAAUUACUAGAGUACCGACAAGGAUGAAGAUUUUUCUGGUGAAGAUGGAUGGACGUGUCAUUAGUUAGUUGAGGUGUCAGAAGCUAACCCCAUAUACUGGCAUGUGCAAGUAGGACAUAUUAAUCUUUAUGGAAAGCAAUGCCUAUUCCUGACGCUUUAAAUGUCUCAAGCAAUUAAAUUGACUCAUACUGUAAAAGGUUUGGGGAAAAGGCAAUUAUGAUAAGCGUGUCAUUUUUUCGCCUUUUCACUGACUGCUUUGUUACUCUGACAGCAUUUUAGUGGCUCAAAUAAAGCAGUUAAAUCUUAAGUA